AGGAAACCUUUAAUCUCUUUCUCCGCCGGAGAAAUGCAGCUUUCAGCGGCGGCGCCGGUAAUUUUAUCACUAUAUGUGUACGCCAUCUUACUCUUCUCCACGGCGCAUGCCUACAACAUCACCCAAAUUCUCGCCAAACACGACGACUUCUCCACCUUCAACCGCUACCUAACUCUAACGCAUCUGGCGGCGGAGAUCAACCGCCGCCAAACCAUCACGGUGCUAGUACUGAACAACGCCGCCAUGAACGACAUCCUCGAAAAUCACUACUCGCUCUACACCAUCAAAAACAUCCUCUCCUUCCACGUCCUCGCCGAUUACUUCGGCUCCAAGAAGCUCCACCACCUCAACAACGGCACCACUCUCACCGCCACCAUGUUCCAAGCCACCGGCGACGCUCCCGGAACCUCCGGCUACGUCAAUAUCACCGCUCUUAAGGGUGGAAAGGUGGGAUUCGCCUCCGAAGAUAAUACAGGCCGCUUUGCCUCAACUUUUGUGAAAUCUGUUCUGGAAAAGCCGUAUAAAAUUUCUGUCAUUCAAAUCAGCCGCUUCCUCUCCUCCCCCUACGCUGAGGCUCCGGCGUCGGGCCCCACCGACGUGAACAUUACCACGUUAAUGGCGAAACAAGGCUGCAAAGCGUUCGCCGACUUGUUGGAGAGCACCGGGGCUGACGGAACUUUCGCGUUGAACGUCGAGACCGGUUUAACCGUGUUUUGUCCGACCGAUAAGGUAAUCCAAGGUUUCAUGCCGAAGUACAAGAAUCUGAGCAAAGACGGGAAAAUGUCACUUCUAUUGUACCACGGCGUGCCGGUGUACCAUAAUCUAGGGAUGUUAAGGUCCAGUAACGGCGUUCUAAACACUCUAGCCACCGGCGGGUCCAACAAGUACGAUUUCACGGUGCAAAACAGCGGCGACGACGUGACGUUGGAGACCAAAGUGGUGACGGCGAAGAUCACCGGAACCAUGUACGAUGAGGAGCCGCUGUCGGUUUUCAAACUGGAUAAGGUUUUGUUGCCACGAGAGCUGUUUAAGGCGGCCAGCAAGUCCGGUAGCGAGUCAUACGGCGCUGCGCCGGGACCUAACUCCGACGACGGAGUUCCGUCGGACCAGGCCGCCGGUCAGCGCAACGGUGGCGUGAGGAGAAGUGGCGCGUGGUUGGUGGCAAUGAUUUUGACGUUUUUGUGUGCUUGUAUUUAAUUUGUUAAUUAAAAGAGCAUAGUGUCGCACGUUAGAUUAUCACUAUCAAUAUACCACGGAGUGCAUAUAGAAAUGAUUAUUGAUUAUACACAAACACAAAGAGCGAGAGAGGGGGGGUUGAGUGGAAUUAAUAGUGGCUUGCUUGUUAUUUAUGCUCAAGACAAUAAUUGCACCUUAAUUUCUUGUUGAAUUUGUAAUUACAUUUUGUGAAUGUAUGAAAUCUUU